CGCCGCCGCCGCCGCCGCCGCCGCUGCCAGCGAAGGUGCCGGGCGCCGGGCCCUCCCCGCCGGCGCGGCCGUCAUCGCCCGGAGCGGGUGCGCGGCGGGAGCGCGGAGGGGGCGGCCGCCGCCAGCGCCGCCGCGCAGGAGCAGGAGGAGGAGAAAGGGUGCGCAGCCCGGAGGCGGGGUGCGCCGGUGGGGUGCAGCGGAAGAGGGGGUCCAGGGGGGAGAACUUCGUAGCAGUCAUCCUUUUUAGGAAAAGAGGGAAAAAAUAAAACCCUCCCCCACCACCUCCUUCUCCCCACCCCUCGCCGCACCACACACAGCGCGGGCUUCUCGCGCUCGGCACCGGCGGGCCGGGCGCGUCCUGCCUUCGUUUAUCAAGCAGCUUUUCGGAAAAUGCAUUUGCCGUUCGGAGUUUAAUCAGAAGAGGAUUCCUGUCCCCGUGCCCGGCUCGUCCGGCGGCCCCCGGUCCCUGUCUGUCUCCCGUGGAGGAGUGAAGCGGUCCCGCGGAUAGAGAUCCAUGUCUGUGCCCGCGCGUGUGUGUGCGUGUGUAAAUUGCCGAGAGGGGGAAAAUCACAGGACUUCUGCAAAUACGGGACUGAAAAUUGUAAUUCAUCUGCCGCCGCCGCUGCCUUUUUUUCCUCGUGCUCUUGAGAUCUCCGGUUGGGAUUCCUACGGAUUGACAUUUCUGUGACGGAGAAGUCUGGGAAUCAAACUGGAAAUUCUCCUAAUUUUUUACCCUCCCUCCCCCAACUCCUGAUUCAUUUGGAAGUUUCAAAGCAGCUAUAACUGGAGAGUUCUGAAGAUUGAUGGAAUCUUUGCCUUAUGCAUUUGUUUUGUUUUCACAAAAAAGGAAACUUGACAGAGGAUCAUGCUGUCCUUAAAAAAUACAACAUCGCAGAGGAAGUAGACUGAUAUUAACAAUAAUUAAUAAUAAUGUGCCUCAUGAAAUAAAGAUCCGAAAGGAAUUUCAGUAAAAAUUUCCUGCAUCUCAUGCCAAGAGGGAAACACCAGAAUCAAGUGUUCCGCGUGACUGAAGACACCCCCUCAUCCAAGAAUGCGAAGCACAUCCAAUAAAAUAGCUGGAUUAUAACUAUUCUUUCUUUCGGGGCCGUGGGGCGGGAGCAGGGGCGAGAGGUGCUGCUGGUACCCGGCUGCUUUUCCUCGGGGGAAGGAUGGCGCACGCUGGGAGAACAGGGUAUGAUAACCGGGAGAUAGUGAUGAAGUACAUCCACUAUAAGCUGUCGCAGAGGGGCUACGAGUGGGAUGCCGGCGACGCGGGCGCCGCGCCCCCGGGGGCCGCCCCCGCGCCGGGCAUCUUCUCCUCCCAGCCCGGGCGCACCCCCGCGCCCGCCAGGACCUCGCCGCCCCCGCCCCCCGCCGCCCUCGCCGCCGCUGCCGCCGCGGGCCCUGCGCUCAGCCCCGUGCCACCUGUGGUCCACCUGACCCUGCGCCAGGCCGGCGACGACUUCUCCCGUCGCUACCGCCGCGACUUCGCGGAGAUGUCCAGCCAACUGCACCUGACGCCCUUCACCGCGAGGGGACGCUUUGCCACGGUGGUGGAGGAGCUCUUCAGGGAUGGGGUGAACUGGGGGAGGAUUGUGGCCUUCUUUGAGUUCGGUGGGGUCAUGUGUGUGGAGAGCGUCAACCGGGAGAUGUCGCCCCUGGUGGACAACAUCGCCCUAUGGAUGACUGAGUACCUGAACCGGCACUUGCACACCUGGAUCCAGGACAACGGAGGCUGGGAUGCCUUUGUGGAGCUGUACGGCCCCAGCGUGCAGCCUCUGUUUGACUUCUCCUGGCUGUCCCUGAAGGCCCUGCUCAGUCUGGCCCUGGUGGGAGCUUGCAUCACCCUGGGUGCCUACCUGGGCCACAAGUGAAGUCAGUAGGCCUGCCACAAACAAAUAUGCAAAAGGUUCACUAAAGCAGUAGAAAUAUAUGCAUUGCCAGUGCCGUACCAUGAAACGAAGCUGUGGUCUCUUAAAAACAAAACACAAAACAAAACAAAAACAGCUUUCAGGCUCAGAGUCGAAUCAGCUAUUUACUGCCAAAGGGAAAUACCGUUUAUUUUUUACAUUAUCAAGAAAAAAAAAAAAAGAUUUAUUUAUUUAAGACCGUCCCAUCGAACCUCCUGUCUUUGGAAACCCUGCCACUAAUUGGCAAGCCCCACCUGUGCAGCUCCACCUGGAUCUCCUGUGCCUAUAAACACGGAUUUGUUUUCCAUGUUGUUGGCUGGACUGACUCACCAUCUGAAGAGCAAACGAACUGACUGACAGAGGACUUGACGGUUCCAGAAGCCGGGUGUCUGGCUGCUGGAGGUUAGGAAGAAGGUGUUCAUUUUCCUUGCUCUUUUUUUUACUUUUAUUUUUUUUCUUUUUGCCCCGGGGGCUGCGAUCUGAAGAGAGGGAAGGCGCUCGAUGGGAAGUCCAUUCUUCCCUGGCCUGAAGAACAGACACUUAGCAUUUGGCUCACAUGGUACAGACCCGGUUGGAAGAAAAACAACAACAACAACAACAACAAAACCUGGGGAACUUCAGAUGGAAUUGGCGUCCACCAAGAUUUCCACACCGAAGGACAGUGAUGGGGAAAAUGCCGUGAAACCAUAGGAAAGUAUUUUUUUAAGCUACCAAUUGUGCCGAGAAGCAUUCUAGCAAUUUAUCCGAUAGCAUCCAGUACCUUAAAGCCCUGAUGUGUAUAUUCAGACAUUGUGGAUACUCUCCCCCAGAUACUGGCUCUGUCUGUGCAUGAAACAGAAUCCUCCAGGAGGCGAGGAAGUGAACGUUCUGGUGACUUAUCCAGCAGCACCAGGCCGCCACAAGUGCCUGCGUUUCCCUAAGAGGCCACGGCCUGCAGUCCCGCCUUGCCCCGGCUCGGAGGCCUCGUCCUGGAACGGAGCCGGGGCGCUCGCUGGCCUGCUCGAAGCUUUUACACAGAGCAGUGCGGUCUCCGAGCGCUGGAGCCGACAGAGCUCAGAAUCCCGCUGUCGAGAAAGAACAGUCGUGGCCCUGGGCCUGUUCCCCCGGGCCCCCUAGUUGGGCCCUUUUCCUCGUGGAGCGGGGAACCUGGGAGCCAAGGCUCUUAAGACGUUUAUCACUGUGGAGGGAAGGAAACAGGCACUGAGCCUUUCCCUGCGGAGGGAGGUGGCCUCGGCGCCACCGGUAGGAAACCCGGCAGGAGACAAGUGCAUCCGGGGCGCCGCAUGGCCACGGCGCAUGCGUGCUGGCCACGGCGCAUGCGUGCUGGCCGCGCGGCCGCCCGCCUUUGCGCACAGUUGAGAGCAAGGCUUUUAGUGACCUUGGGGAAAGUCGUAAAUGCUAAAGGAAGCGUUGGAAUGAGGUGUCAUGGAUUAAUCAACCCAUGUCUCUGGAGUUACGAUGUAAAACAUUACCUUGUCAUUGCAGUUUUGUUUUGUUUUGUUUUGUUUGGAAAACCUGACAGAGGAGGGGGAAAAAAAGUUCCAGGUGUGGAAUGUGGAAAUUAUCUGUACAUCCUGGGGCAUUAAAAAAGAAAAAAAAAAAUGGUGGAAACUCUAGAGAAGUAGCAAUGAAGUGAAAUCUACAACAAACAAACUAGAAAAUGUUUUUUUUUUUUCAAGUUUAGAAUCAGCUUUGAGACGUUCAUGGAAUAACUGUGGCAUUAUUGCAUUAUAUACCAUUUAUCUGUAUUAACUUUGGAAUGUACUAUGUUCAAUGUUUAAUGCUGUGGUUAAUAUUUUGAAAGCUGCUUUAAAAAAAGAAAGAUACAUGCAUCUCAGCAUUUUUUUUUUAAUUGUACUUAGUUAUGGCCUCCACACUUCGUUAGCAAAAAUUAUCAUUUUUCUGUUUGAGAUUUUUGUCUCAGUUGUUUUAAAAGCAUUUCUGAGAAGGUGAGAGAAGCCCUGGGUCUCAGCUGCUGAAAACCCCGGAGCACGUUGGCCACUGUGGAGCUUCGCUUCAACCUAGUUAUGUGCAUUUCCACGUCAACAGAAUUGUUUAUUGUGAAGGAUAUAUCUGUUGUCCCUUUGACCUUGUUCCUUGAAGGUUUCCUAGUCCCUGGGCAAAUCAGAAUCUAACACAUUAUUUAGAAUGACAUACAUGUUUGGUUAAACCCAUGAGAUUCAUUCAGUUGAAAAUCCAGACAGGAAAUGACCAGGGGAUUAAAUUCUGGCCAUGACGGUUUGACCUUCAGAGGGUUGCUUUAUGUGGUCUGCUUUGACAGAGACCCGUCUAGAGCACUCCUGCCCUCCUUCCACAGGCCCUUUUCAGUGGCUGUCCUUCGGAUUCUUCCUGAAAUACAGUGGCGCCUGUGCCCCGCUCUGAGAAAGCAGGAAACCCAUGGUAUGAAGCCAGACCUCCCUGGCAGGCCUCAGGGAACAGAAUGAUCAGACCCUUUGAAUGAUUCUAAUUUUUAAGCAAAAUACUAUUUUGUGAAAGGUUUACAUUGUCAAAAGCGAUGAGUAGGGAAUAUCAAAUCCUGUGCUGCUAUCCUUCCAAGAUCAUGGUAGUGGAGUCAAUUUGCAGUACACUCCAAGUGGCAAAAUCCUCCAAGCUGCUUUAGAAGUAACCAUGAAGAACACAGACAUUUUUAAUAUAAAGCCUGUUUUGUCUUUUGUUGUUGUUAUUGUUUGUAUUGUUCAAAGGCAGAGUAUUCUAAAAAUGUAUAUAUAUUAAAAAAAAAAAAGUCAUGGGGGCUAAUUUCUGGCCGGUUUUGUUUUGCCACGGGCUGUUGUUCUCUGGUUUUAAUGGUAAAUGUUCCUGGCUGCCGAACCCCCGAACUGUACAGUAUUGUGGCUCCACUCACUCUAAUAAGAGUAGUCGAUGUUACAUUUUUCUUGUUCUAAAAAACAUGUUAGAAGCAAUGAACGUAUAUAAAAGCCUCAACUAGU